AUGGCCGCCGUGGUCACACGCAAGAGAAGCCGCUCCCAGUCUGCAGAGAAGCCGCAUGAACGGCGCGAAGUCGCCACCGUCCCGCGGCGCGAGUUGACGCUCGAGGAGGAGGAGAAAUCCGCCAUCCGACAUUUAGUCACCGCUAUUCUACGCGACUGGAAGAGUGCGCAGCGGUACCUCAACGAGGACAUCAUCCGCACUGUCCUUCGCCGCGUGAGGCCGCUACUCAUGUCCCAGCCGAUGCUGGUGAACGUGGAGGCUCCCGUCAACGUGUGUGGCGACAUCCACGGUCAGAUCAACGAUCUCUUAGAGAUUUUCCGCGCCGGUGGAAUGCCGCCCGCGUCGCGAUAUUUGUUCCUCGGUGACUACGUGGACCGAGGCAAGCACGGCACGGAGGUGAUCGUCGUGCUGCUGGGGCUGAAGGUGCUGCACCCAGACAAGAUGUGCGUCCUCCGCGGCAAUCACGAGUCCGACAGCAUUUGUAGAAUAUACGGCUUCUUCGAUGAGGUGAAGCGCCGCUUCUCGGUGAAGCUGUUCAAGGAGUUCACGGACGUUUUCAACUGCCUCCCCAUCGCCGCCCUCAUUGAAGAGAUUGCGCUGUGCAUGCACGGCGGCCUAAGCCCUGAGCUGCGGCACUUUGACCAGAUCAACCAGAUUCGUCGCCCGCUGGUGGUGCCGGACGCAGGUUUGGCCUGCGACAUUUUGUGGUCGGACCCCGAGGAGAACAGCGUCGGCUGGAUGCAAAGCGAGCGCGGCGUCAGCUACACAUUCGGUGAGGACGUGGUAAAGCGGGUCUGCGACAAUCUGAGCAUUGACAUUGUGCUGCGUGCCCAUCAGGUGGUCGACAACGGCUACUCCUUUUUCGCGGAGAGGCGGCUGGUUACGAUCUUUAGCGCAUCGAACUACUGCGGUGAGUUCACGAACAGUGGAGCUAUGAUGAUGAUGGACGAGAAUUGCAAGUGUAGCUUCCAAAUUUUUAAGCCGGCGUAUUAA